UAAUAUUAAAGUAAUUAAUUUAUUUAAAGGUUUUAAAAGCUUUUUUUAAAGAGAAGUCAACGUGUGCUAAUAUUUGCCACUGAAUGGUAAUAAAAGUUACUUUUUAUUUUCUACGACGAUACGUCUCGUGUCUUGAACAGUGAAGUCUGACGAUGAAUGAAAAAUAAAGUCGAUCGUAAAAAGUUUCACGUAUCCGCGACGAUUGGCGACGUAGAAACAUGGAAUAUGCAAUAUCUGGUCUCGAGGGACUGAUAUGUAUCGGCUCAUGUCGGGCGUAAAAAAAUAAGGGAUGAAUACUUGUUGUGCGGAAAGGUCAGAGACGCCGCGCCCACCGCCGGUGCAAUUAAUACCAGCGGUGUCACGACCCGCGCCACCCUGGUCGGCUGCCGCGAUAAUCGAUCUAAAGAUGCAGGAACUGUCGUCGCAGCAUUUCGCGGGGAAAUAUCUGGUACUUCUCUUCUACCCGUGCGACUUCUCGUUCGUCUGCCCCACCGAACUUAUCCAAUUUAGCGACCGCAUCGCCGAAUUCCGAGUUCUUGGCUCGGAGGUAGUAGCGAUCUCAACGGAUUCCAAAUUCUCGCACUUUGCGUGGGUGACGACCCCGCGUAAGCAGGGAGGCUUGGGCGAGAUGAAGAUUCCGCUGCUCUCCGAUAAGAGUCAUCAGAUAACGCGCGACUACGGUGUGUUGAACGAGAAACAAGGGUACGCGUACAGAGCUCUAUUCGUUAUAGAUAGACAGCAGAUCAUACGCCAUGUGACGAUCAACGACGAAGAUCUACCACGAUCGGUGGACGAGGUAUUACGAGUUGUCAAGGCUUGUUGUUUCGUGGAUAAAAAUGGCAAUAUAUGUCCUUACGGGCCGCUGCCGACGAAGAACGCCUUCGGAGAAGAACCAGACUAUUUCAGCACGAAUUGAUCUCGAUCGCGUGUGAAUCGCAUUUCUAUAUCUGGGAUUCCUCAACUAUGAAUAUAAUUUUUCGUUAAUCAUAUGGUUUGCGUCAAAAUGAACGAUUGUUCAAGAUUUGAAUUGAUCUUGAGCAAUCACUCACG